CUGACCCAGAAGCUGCAUUGAGAUUUCCAUUUGUCAAUUAACAAGUGUGGAGGACGAACUGGAUAAAAGGACCCGAGUCAUCUUCAUUUUCUAUAAUGGCAGCGGAGCCGGCCAAGCGCCGGUUGGUGCUGCAUUUCAACUUGCCACGAACACUGCUCGUCGGAGAUCCCGAUGGCAAGGGAAACGCGGAGGAACGCAUAAUCACGACCGAGUUGGCCUUAAAAACCGCACUCGCCGACCAGGCGUGGGGGAUAGUCGAAGGUACUUAGCAUGCUAGUGUUGAGUAGGUUUUUUGUUUGACGAUGAUAGAUCUUGUGAGUAAGAUAUUAUGAAACACUGUGCGUGCACCGAAAUGAUCGAAAAAAUCGGUUGCUCCUGUAUGUAAGUCUAAAAAUUCCACUAGAUGAGGAGUUCGUCCUGUCGCACCCGGAUGUGCAAGUGGAGCGACCAUCAGACGAGAUGUACUCCUACACCGAGUUUCUUACGAUGAAGUUUCCGAUUCAGGGGCAAUCAAAAUUCACACAAGACGAAAACCGACAGGUACUUACUACGUAGACAGAUGAAAAUCUUGAUAGGUUUGAGAAUUGCGAAGCUGUAUACUUUCAGCUUUUGCUCAUGCUGUUGAUGAUGAAUCUUGACCUUGAGUGUCUGCAUUUGCUCUACCAGCCGCUGCGCAUGAACUCAUCAAGAACAAACAGAAACGUUAAAUGAUAUCAGCUUCACGAGCAGAUGAUUCUGGAGUUUGUCAAGACGGGCCCUGGCGCCAAACUCCGCGCGUCGUUCGACCAGAUGGUAAAGGCGAUCGCCUUUCCGAAGCCGCUCGCCAAGGCGUUGAACAUGGCCGUGCCAAUACUAGAUGAGACGAGUUUAUGAAAGUGUCAGAAUCGAAAUUGACAAAAUCGAAAAAUUUGUGAUGCACAAAAUCGAUACCAGUUGGAAGCCCAAUUUCCAAGCAGUGCAUGACAAGUUUCGGCGUCAUCGAAAUCCAAUUUGUCAUGCCUGCUAGCGAAAGAAGGCAUCCUUUGUCAUGCUACUUUAGCAGCUGCUCUAUCCCAGCAAACCCCAAACAGGGUAGUUACAAUCGGCCUCACUUGCAAUAUCCCUGCAAGACAGUCACUUCGUGCCUUGCAUUUUAUGCAUCACAGAUUAUUUCAACUUUUUCGAUUUCGAUCCUGACACUCCCAUAGAGUUCCGAAGACUGCAAGUACCAACCGGACAAGGGGAAAGAGAAUCUAACCCGGUUCGGCCGCUACAUCUUCGUGCCGGCUUUUUUCACACUGAUUCAAACUUUGACCAAGGAAAAGCGGGAUUUCUCCAUCGUGUUCCACUCCAUGAGCGCCGACGUGCUAGACGAGGCGGUGUUGGAAAUGAAUGCCUACGCCAAUGUAUAAAAUGCAAAUAUGUCUGGGUCUCGAAGAAUGCGGAUUUGUCAUGCAGUUUUUCCAUGGCACAGGGGGUCUGGAAUGCAGUACCUAGCAUGACAGAUUCUGUGUGAUCUCUAUCAUGCCUAUUCUGCAUGAAAAACCCCCUCCCAACUUGGGCAAAAGUGGACGACUUUUGGUAAUCAUGCAAGAUAGAUUUUUGCAUGAUUCACAUUUAGCAUGACAAGUUGCAUUCGUCCAGACGCAGACAUAUUUGCAAUGCAUACCAUGGCGAGCACCCCUGCUUCAACGGGCAGAACAAAACAAAAAAGGCGCUAUUCAACGGGGAGAAGGGGAGCAAGGACUUGCGCGUGCAGCCCAUGGAUAGAGGAGUUUUAGCCAGAAGAGCCAUGACGCUCGAGUUCCAGCAAAGACCACAGCAGCUGCCAAAGUAUUGCCAUGAUGUGAGUGCUAUUCCUAUGUAUCCAUUAGCAUUGCAAAAGUUGUGUCGUAUUUCUGAUGUGAUUGUGAAUUGCAUGACAAAUCUUCACCGCAAUCUAACAAAAUUCGUCGUGCUAGAUCACGUAGAAGAUGCGAUUUGUCUUGUACGUCACGCAUCUUCAAUCAACUACAUUUCUCAGGCCCGGCGAGGAUUUUCCGCUAAUGUUCGAGCCGACGGUGCUGAAAAAGGGCGCAGCCAUCUACUCCGGUUUAGUGCACCGGGUGUGCACAGAGUCCGGGUGCGCGGCGAUUCUGCACGACCAGGAGUAUUGGGUCUCUGACAAGAAGAACGGCGGGAAGCUUUUUUUCGUUGACACGGGCGACUCCCUGGAGGAUGUGCAGCAGAUCUUCUUCGACGGGUCAGUGUCUGCGAAAGAUCCAUCGGCGUUGCGCAUGCAGGAUGUGGUCACUAACGAGGCGUUUGACCACUCCAGUGAAACCUUCAACAACGUCUACGUCCACUACGUCGAGGACGUGCGGCAGCUGGUGCUGAACCCGCUGUACUUUGUCGAGCAAGUCGCGGCUUGUGAAAGCCAGUUCGAGAAGUUCGUGGAAAAGUCCCGGGCGAUAUGAAUGUGCACAACUCCCCCUCCCCCUCAUUUGUCAUGCAAAAUUCCAAAUCCACCUUUUGCCUGUUAGCACUGUUUGCAUGACAGAUUCGGGAAUCCAAAACAGCACGACAGUCUACUUCUAGGAAUUUGUCAUGCAAAUGCUGCAUCUUUGCCAGCGGCAGCGCUUGUGUUGCUGUUCAUGCAACGCAAGUGAGGGGGAGGGGGAGUUGUGCACUCUCAUAGGCGAAACUCACUGCUUCCACCCUGCACCCGUUACUGGAUUUGCUGAAGGAGGGCGGGGCCGGGCUGGACGAGCAGGCGCUGCUGAAAAAGGCGUUGGCCGACAAGGGGGCCAAGGACUACCUCUACGCAACGGUAAUUCCGGUUUUGUUCGGGGGGCUGGAGCAAGUGGCCAAGUUCCGCCCAGACGACCCGUGCGAAUUCUUGGCGUUUUACCUCAUGCGACACGCGAACGGGUACAACCGAACGCUGCGGCUCGAGGAUUGAUAGAAGGAGGGGAUGUUGGAUGAGACUUUAAAUCCAAUUAUAGGAUUCAGAUGACCUCCCGUCCACCAUGUUUUUGUAAAGUGAUUGUACCAACCUCCAGAACCAGAUUCAGAUACAACGACCCCGUUGAAUAAUUAUAAUUAAACACUCGCAAAAAUAGACACAACAUUACAAUUCAAUUCAGAACGCUUAAGAGCCAAGUGCUGCGCGAUUCAGCAUCGCUGGCAGUGAAGAUUCGUUUAGAUUUCAUAACCAAGGAUUUCAGGAGAACACGAACAGUGAGUACUGACACUGAGUUUGAAGAUCGUCGGAGAAAAUGCGACAAAUUUUGAACACCUGUACCAAAGAACCACCGCUGCGAGAAACGACGCAGCCGCUGUGUGACGCAGGACGCAGCUUCAUGUGUUUCGAAAAAGGAACAAAUAAAA